CGCCCAGUGCACAAGAUGUGGUCCAACGGCGAGUGCUCCAAGUACUACCUCUGCCUCGAGGGGGAGGUGUUCGAGUUCAAGUGCUCCGUUGGACUCCUGUUCGACGUCACGCGCCAGAUCUGCGACUUCAAGAGCAAUGUCGAUAAUUGUGAUAUAACAGCCGAGCCUCUCGUGCCGAAGCCGCUGCUGACCAGCGCCAACUGCUCGGAUUGGAGCCACUUGGGCUGUGGCGAUGGGACUUGUCUGCCCAGCGAGUACUUCUGCGACGGCAGUGUCGACUGCCCGGACGGAUCCGACGAGGGCUGGUGCGACGUGAGCAACGAUCCCAACGCCGCCUCGACCUGCGAUCUCUCCAUUUGCCAGCUGCCCGAGUGCUUCUGCUCCAAGGACGGCACGAUCAUCCCCGGCCGCCUGGACGCCAGCCAAGUGCCGCAGAUGAUCCUGCUGACCUUCGACGAUGCCAUCAACUUCGAGAACUGGGACUUCUACACCAAGAAGCUCUUCACGCCGGAGCGCAAGAAUCCCAACGGCUGUCCGAUAAAGGCGACUUUUUACAUUUCCCAUCAAUACACCAACUAUCAACAUGUGCAGAAGAUGUGGAAUGAUGGACACGAGAUUGCCGUGCACUCCAUAACCCAUCGCGGACCCGAGGAGUGGUGGUCGCGCAACGCCACGAUCGAGGACUGGUUCGACGAGAUGGUCGGCCAGGCGAACAUCAUCAACAGGUUUGCCGGCGUGCGAAUGGAGGAGCUGCGCGGCAUUCGCGUGCCGUUCCUGCGUGUUGGCUGGAAUCGCCAGUUCCUCAUGAUGAAGGAGUUCGGCUUCGUGUACGAUUCCUCAAUGGUGGCGCCGUUCUCCAAUCCGCCGCUCUGGCCGUACACGCUGGACCACAAGAUGCCGCACGCGUGCAUGGGCGUGAACCAGAACUGCCCGUCCAGGAGCUACGCCGGCAUCUGGGAGGUGGUGAUGAACCAGCUGGAGGCCGGCGAGUUCACGUGCGGCAUGGUGGACACGUGUCCGCCCAACAUGAACGGCGACGAGGUGUACAGGAUGUUCACGCACAACUUCAAGCGCCACUACCUCACCAACCGGGCGCCGCUGGGCCUCUUCUUCCACACCACGUGGUUCCGCAAUCCAGACUACAUGGACGCCUUCAUGCGCUUCCUGGACGACAUGCGGCGAAUGCCUGACGUGUUCUUCGUCACCACGCACGAGGCCAUCGAGUGGAUGCGGAAUCCGACGCCGCUGGGCCAGAUCGGCCAGCUGGAGGCGUGGAGUUGCAAGGCGCGCCAGCUGCAACCGCACGAGGUCGCGUGCAACCUGCCCAACGUCUGCAAGCUCCACAGUCGCGUGCUGCAGCAGGAUCGCUAUCUGCACACGUGCAGCGAAUGCCCGGCGCAAUUCCCGUGGCUGCGGAACGAGUUCGGCCUGGAUUGAUCAUCCCCAGCGGAGAGAGUCGCUCAUUUUCCCACUGAACGCUCUGCUGGGCAGCGCGUCUUCGUCGCCCGGCGAGCGUCUGUUAUUUAUGCUGCAUAACAUUAUCCCUGCUCUUGCACUGGAGACACAUACACACAUCGCCUCCUUUUCCCCAGUUGUAUUUAAGGAAUAAA